AUGCGAAAAAAGGUGGUGUCGAGCGUCACCACAUCGGCGGCCGGUACGCCGCGACGUAUCGACGCCGCGUCGCUGGUCAGCGACGACACGCCGCAGACACAUCCCCCGCAAGCCUCCGCCACGAAGGUAUAUGUGCGCGUCCGACCAUUCAACCCACGUGAGUUGCAGGACUCCGAGGAGUGGCCGCUGUGCACGGUGCGCGUGGGUCCACAGGAGGGGCACAUCACAAUCCUUGACCCUGCCAAGGCCUAUACGCCGUGGCGAACGUAUGGCUUCGACCGCUGCUUUGACUCCAACGCAGCCGGUGCCGACAGCGACCAGGAGAUAGUGUAUCAGCACGUUGGACGGGCUGUGCUGCACAACGUGAUUGGGGGGUAUAACGGCUGCAUCUUCGCCUACGGGCAGACAGGGAGCGGCAAGACAUACACCAUGCUGGGACCUCCGGCAACCGCUGCCGCCCACCGGUCGCAAUUCGAGGGACGACUCUCGAGCGUGAACACGUCAGUUACGACGGCGCGAACGAAUGUGAGCACACAUCCAUCUGUGCGUGAUGAGCCGUUGAGGCCGCCUGACUCGUGCGAUGGGAGUAGCAUCUCAGACACACUAGAUAGCAGUAUUCAAAACAACAACAGCAACAGUAAUUUCAUUAUUGGUGAUGCGGAGGGCCUCAUUCCUCGUUUGGCACGUGAUAUAUUUCACACGCUGCGCCUAAAACAUAAACAGAAUGGAACGCAUUCAUUCCGUGUAGAGAUGGAGUACUAUGAAAUUUACAAUGAAAAGGUGAUGGACCUGCUGACAGGUGGUGUUAACGGUACGGAUUUGCGUGUUCGGCACCAACCGAGACUUGGCGCGUACGUAGAGGGCCUCGUUCGGAAGCACGUGGCAGUGGAGAGGGAACUAUUGCAAUGGAUCCGGCGUGGAAGUGCAGAUCGGCACACAGCCUAUACCAAAAUGAAUGAUCGCAGUAGUCGUAGUCAUGCGAUUCUUUCCCUUCAUAUUGUUCAAAUGACCCUCGACGAGCAUGACAACAGCAGUCGCGUCAUGAGCAAGCUGAAUCUUGUCGAUCUGGCAGGAUCCGAGCGCACCGGCGCCAGUGGUGCAGAGGGGAUACAUUUCAAGGAAGCCACAAAAAUCAAUCUCUCCCUCACUGCUUUGGGUCGUGUUAUUGACGCACUAGCCGACAUUUCCUCCGGCAAGCAUGGUAUUUUUUGCCCGUACCGUGAUUCCAACCUCACGUGGCUACUGAUGGACUCGUUAGGUGGUAACAGUAAAACUUCCAUGGUAGCCACUAUCUCGCCUCAUGUGUUGUAUUACGAAGAGAUGUGCCACACAUUGCGGUAUGCCUCGAGGGCCAAGCAAAUUGUCAACAAGGUGGUCAUUAAUGAAGACCCACAGGUGCGCCAGAUAAAACUACUGACUCAGGAGGUUGCGCGGUUGCAAUCUCUGUUGCGUGAGCAACCACGUUUCGACUACACCAAUGAGGACAUGGAGCGGCUUCGGAGCCGCGUGCUUGAGCUGGAUCAAGAGAUUGCUGACCGUGACCUCGCCAUCGAGGAGCUUCGCGCGCGGGUGGGGGAGAAGAACACAGCUGUGGUGCAGCAGCUCAAGGAGGAAACCAGUCGCCUGCAUCAAGAUCUGAAGGACUUCAGGCGUGCCAAGUCAACGGUACUGCGGCUACAGAGCGAGGCAAAGGAGGCAGCGGCUGUGAUGGAAAACCUGCGCGCGCAGGUGGCGGCGCUGGAGACCGAGAAGAGUGAAUACGUCGCGUCGCGCUCCGUCCUUGUCUCCCCCGGCCCGCUGGCGAAGAGCGAAGAGACACCGCGAGGUGGCCCGUCGUAUCUGCAUCUUGGCCACAAGACGCUGCAGGAGCUGAAGCGUCUCGGCAUCUCAGCCGACCAGGGCGGCUACGCGCAGCUGAUUGAAGUGGUGACGUCCCGCGCCGCCGCCGCGACGCGCGACUAUGAAGCGAUGUGCCAGAAGAACACCAUGAUGGUAGAGUCGCACAGCCGCUCUCUGCGAGAACUGCUCAAGCAAAAAGAGGAUAAGGAGUGGUCUGCGCUCGCUGCCAUUGGGGAGAAGCUUGUCGCGGCGCACACGCGGGCACUCGCACAGCACGGCAAGACAGCCGAAACGCAAACGGCGAGUGAGAUGCAAGAGAGGGUUAUGAUGCGGUACAAGGAAGAGAUGAAGCGGAAGAACAAGGAGCUGAUGCGACUCACCGUGCUUGUCGAAAAAAGCGGUGACGACAUCCGCGGCGAGAAGGAGCGCGCAGACAAGUUGGAAGCUGGCAAGGAGCAGCUGCAAAACCGACUUGACAGUACCUCUACCGAGCUGCUUUCUCUCAAGGAGAAAUUGGGGCGCCAGAAAGAAGAGGCGCGUAUUCUCUACGCUCAGGAAGAGGGCCUGAAGAGGAAAGUUGAGGAGGCUAAAGUGCAGUUGGCGGCUGCAGCGAAGGAGCACAUGGUCCUCCUCCAGCAAAGUCGUGAGGGGGUCCUUGAUUCGACCGCCGCGUUGAUGACGGAGGUGCUUGCUGAGCGCUGCCGAAUUCUCGAGGAAGAGGCAGAGGCGCGCUAUAACUUUGGCAACCGUCAUGGCAAAUCGCUGCUGCAGCAACACAUGCACACAACACAAGAGGGGAUGAACACUGUGCGCCGCUCGCUUGCGCUGCAACAAGAGCAGCAACGCCACGAUGCGGUCAAACUCGUUUCGCUCUGGCGGUGCCAAACAGACGUGCUGCUAGAGUUCUUUCGGGAGAAGCUGCAGCUGCUGGACGCAUCCUACGCGCUCCACGCCGAAGGACUCCACUGUAGCUGCAAGGCGCUAUCCGACGACCUCGCAUGCGUGAAGCAUGAGGCGGCGUCGCAGCUGCGCGACGCGGAACGACUCUUAGCGAAUGAGGUGGCCCGCUGUGAGGCGGAACUGCGGCAAGAAAAGGAGGCACACUCCUUGACGUUGCGACAACUUGAGCUCCAAAUGGAGCAAUAUCAACGGCGACUGGAGGUGGACGGCGCGCACCACAAACCAGAGACGUACCUUGCAGUCUUUGAACAGCAGUUACACGACGCGUUGCACUCCAGUGCGAAAAAGGAGAUGUUCAUAACAGAACACAUUCAACAAGAAAACCGCCGCCGUGCAAACAAGUUGGAAGAAGAGAUUAAGGCAACUGCUCAAAUGACGGCACAGCUUCAGGACGAGCUCGCCACAACACAGCAUCAGCACCGAUGCGACUUGGAUGAAUUCCAGAAUAAACUCAAGGAACUCAAGCGCCGCUCUACUGAGGAGCAACGGAUCCUCCAAGAGACACACAACGACGAAAUUAAGAGGCUUCAUACCAUGAUCACUGCAGCUGUUGGAGAAAAAGAGGCAGCUAUAAAGAAAGCAUUUGAUACCAACCAGCUCUUAUCCGCUACUGAAACUCUAAUGGCAGCAAAUAACGCCAUGCACAUCGAGCAGAUAAGCGCCAUGUCAGACACCGUCGUCCAGGCGGUAGGACAGCUUCGCACGGACUACGCUGCACUCUCAGCGGGCAUGAGCAAACGCGCAGCAGAAGCGCAGCGCGCCCACGAGGAGGAGCUCUGUCGCGAGCGUGAGGAGCACGCAAAGGCGGUUGGUACACUGGAACGGAAGGUGGCGGUUGCCAAGACGGUACUUGCGCAGCAGCGUGAGGAGGCGAAGCGGGAGGCGGAUGCGUUGCGUGCCGCCCACUCCGUCGCACUGGACGACGCGUCGUGCCUGCUGGUCAACAGCCACGCUGCAUUCGCGGAGCACUGCGCCGCCGAGCACGCGGCAUGGGGCGCGGCGAUGUGCGACACGCUGAGGACGGUGGGCGUCGCAGCAGACUGUCUGGUGGGAGAGUGGCAGCAGCAUCAGUUGGAGGUGUUCGUGCAGAGGGAGAGGCGCGAGCGGGAGACGCUUACACUAUGGCAGGAGGCCGUGUUGGAGGUGCUCCGUGCAUCGCUAGAGUCGUCUUGUACACUUGCUUCGGGUGAUGUCAUUGUUUCGCAGGUGUUGUCACAUGCAGAGGAAGCUGUUCUUUUUGAUCGUAAUGUACUGCUUAAUUGUGCAAGUGUGGAUAAUGCACUGCUGCCUUCUACGGCAAUAUCUGUACUGGUGAUAUCUUUGCUUGAGCAGUAUAAGCAGUGUGGGUUUGAAGAGUUUACUGCUUAUAUGAGUGAUGUCUAUGAUCUGCAACGCAACUACGCAAUCGAAGUUACCACAUCCGCGUUGUGGGGUGAGUACGACGUUGCACUUGCAACUUAUGAGGACAUACACCGCCAGAAGUUGAUGGUGCUGCAAAAGGAAAAUACUGAGUUGAAGUUGAAUCUCAGCAAGGUUCGUGAGGACUUGGAGUUUCAGGCCAAUCUUGACCAGCUGGAGGAGGAGAUUGCGCAGGGUAGAGCCAAGCAGUACAACGCCCAGCACUACGAUAUCCACCGCUCAAGCAAGAGCAUGGAAAGUGGCGAUUUCCCUUCGUCGUCGCCCCGACGUAAUUCUAGUGGGCUUGGCGCUUACUUCUCGUCGCUCUUCCAACUUGGCGGGCCGUCGGUGGGAGGCCCUGAUGCGGGGUUCCCGCCGGAAGUCAAGUCACCAAGGACGGCUGCGGCGUUGUCUCCCGCCCGUCCGCCACUAGCGCCGAGCUCCGCGUCGAAGGCAAAUCAGGUGGUGCCGCCCCACAAGAAGCCGAUCGGAAUUCAUGGCGUGAGUCCCUUAAAAAAUGAUCUACACCAAUCUGUAUUCUAUGAUUGA